UUAGCUUCUUCCCUUUGUAAAGAUGCAGCCAAAGACUAAAGAGGCCAUAUCCGCUGUAAAUGCAACGCUGUCAUAUUUGGAGAGUCAUGCCCGCAGGAACGAUGUUGACGAGCUCCGGAUCGAGCUGAAAUGGAUGCUGUUCUUUCUGCUUGAAGGCCAAAGAACAGCCCAUGGCCAAUCAGUAGCUGAGUUCUGGUCCUCUGACAUAGAACAACACGCAGUUGCUGCUCUAGAUGACUGUUCUUAUACUUUUACGGCCGGAGUUAGGACCGCCACUGGAAGACUUGCCCAACUUAGGAAAAAACUGCAACCUUUUGUCACCUGCCUGUGUCCCUAAUGUUAUCCUACAUAUUUACCCGCAGUUCCAUUGUCCACUCCUGUGUGUUUUUUGUUUGAUUUUGAAACCGGCCGGGUCUGCUAAUUACUUGUGGAAUGCUCUUUCUCUUUUGCUGUUCUCAUUACGGAGUAUCUUUUACAUGAUCUUUUACUUCCAUUAUUCGAAGUAGCUUCAGAUGUGAUGAAAUUUAAUGCGUUCAUUUCUUAUUUUUUUACUUUUAUAUCACACGUCAAGUUAAUUUGGAUUGAGUGUUAGAAAGUGUUAGCAUGGAAGUGUUAAGGGGUGUUAUUGUGUUAGGCUUAACACUUGUUUGAGAGUGAAAAUAAAAAAAUAUUGGAGUGUUAAUAAGUGUUUACAAGCAUUAAGGAAUACCCUUCCAAC